CUUCCAUCCAUCCAUCCAUCGCUUUAAACCAUGCUCUUAUACACUGAUAUCAUCUCUGGAGACGAAUUAUUCUCUGAUGCUUUCCCCAUCACCGAAGUUGAUGACAUUGCCUACGAAGUUGACUGUAAGAUGAUCACUAUCAACGAAGGUGAUAUCGACAUUGGAGCAAACCCCUCUGCUGAAGGUGGUGAGGAUGAAGGUGUCGAAAACACUGCCCAACAAGUCAACAACGUUAUCUACACCUCUCGUCUUACUGAAACCUCUUUUGACAAGAAGUCCUACAUGGUUUACAUCAAGGGUUACAUGAAAGCUGUCAAGAACAAGUUGCAAGAAACCAACCCUGAACGUGUUGCCGUUUUCGAACAAAAGGUCACUCCUUUCGUCAAGAAGAUCCUUGCUAACUUCAAGGACUAUGAAUUCUACACUGGUGAAUCCAUGAACCCUGAUGGUAUGGUUGCUUUGUUGAACUACCGUGAAGAUGGUGUUACUCCUUACUUCACCUUCUUCAAGGACGGUCUUAAGAUCGAAAAGCUCUAAAUUGUUACAUUUGCAUUCUUAUUUUUGUUCCAAAGCUCUAAUAAAAGCGUAUUCUAAUACAUAUACAUUUAUGCAUGCUUUUCUUUAUCAGUACUCUUUUAUUGCAUGUCCAGCAUUAACCUAUAGUUUUUCAAGGGAUCACAAUUUGCGGUUACUGAAACACCACCUUUCCCAUCACCAACUUUUUAUUGUUGGGAAAAAGGAACUUGGACCACUGUAUAUUUUAAGGCCUUGCUAC